AUGGCGCCCAACAAAGCUUUCGCGGCUGCAGUCGCUAUAUUCACCGUCCAAACAGCGGUUGCGCAACCCAUCGACUUUGAAGCAAAGGUUAUUGGAGGAUCCCAAGCAAACCAAUCUGAAUGGCCUUGGAUCGUUUCUCUACGCGGAGCCGGAGACCAGCAUACAUGUGGCGGAUCGCUGAUAGCACCCGACACUGUUGUCACAGCCGCCCAUUGUAGUGGCGGUCAGCCUGCCAGCCAAUUUUCAGUCCUUGCUGGGUCAAAUGAUCGCACAAGCAGUCAAGCCACUGUCGUUGGCGUGGCUAGUAUCAAGAACCACCGUGGGUUUAACGAAGAGACCCUGGUGAAUGAUAUCUCUAUUUGGAAACUGUCAACGCCAAUCAAAGCAGGCCCGACAAUCAAAUUUGUCCAGUUGCCGGAGCAGGGCCAGGACCCGGCAGCCUCAACUGCAGCAAAGUUGGCUGGUUGGGGAGUUACAAAGGACCCAAACCAACCACAGGGAGGCCAAGGUGGUCAAGGCAUUCCGCCUCAAGGCGGUCCACCACAAGGCGGCUUCCCGCCUGGGAUAUUCCCACGAGAUGCUCCGCAAGAGCCUUCCCCGAAACUAUUCUUGCCUCAGAACUUUGACCUGUCUGUUCGUGAUCCCCAAGGUCCUACUGGUCAAAAUCCCGGCUUUCCGGUUGGUCAAGAUCCCGGGUUUCCGAAUGGUCAAAAUCCCGGCUCCCCUGUUGGUCAAGAUCCCAGCUCCCCUGUUGGUCAAGAUCCCGGCUCCCCUGUUGGUCAAAAUCCCGGCUCCCCUGUUGGUCAAGAUCCCGGUUCUCAGCCGCCGCAAGGUACUCCGGAUCCUGAAGCGGAGUCGACUACGCCGCCCCAACUCUUGCGAGAAACUGCGCUUACGGUCCUUGACCGCAAUGACUGCAGUCAAGCAUACCAAGCCGCCGGGCCGCGUGCGCCCUCCAUUACUCAGGACAUGAUUUGCGCCGGUGUACCCGGAGGAGCCAAGGAUUCUUGCUUUGGAGAUAGCGGCGGUCCUCUUGUCGAUGCCAGCUCCAAAACACUGGUUGGCAUCGUUUCGUUUGGUCUUGCUUGCGGACAUCCGACUGCUCCCGGUGUUUACACCAAAGUCAGCAGCUUUCUUGACUUUAUUAAGAACCCAAGUGUCUAA